AGAAGAAGAAGAAGAAGCGAAAACAUGGGCAAAGAAAGUGAGCUUUGGGACGACUCUGCCCUUAUCGACGCCUUCGACAACGCCAUGUCCAAAUACAAGAACAUGCAUGGAAAGAAAAGAGCCAACGUCUCUGUCUCUGUCUCUGUUCAUCAAAGCUGUGACGAGGCAAUCAAACCCAGGGAUGCAGGAGAAAACAGCAAUGCCAGAGUAAUUACUGGAACAGAAACAGAGGGGGCUAAGGAUCUUGAACCGGUUAAAGACAAUCAUACUGUUAAGUUACAGAUCCGGAACCUUACAUAGGUCUGCCAAUGCAAGAUAAGCAAGAUGGGAAUAAUGGCAAUUUGGAUUCGCAACGCGUGCAAGACUAUAACCAGUUAAUAGGCCGAUAUUACGAGAUUGAAGAGAAGAGGCAGACUAUUCUGCAGCAGCUUCAGCAAUAUGGUAAUUGGGAUUACCAAUAUUCAGCUGAGGGUUCUAGCACAGGUGCACAAUGUGGUACCUCCUGUGUUUCUCUAGAAUACCCCAUUCUUACAAGUCAAGCUUCACAGUCCACCGGCAUCUGUUCUUGUUGCCCAUAUGUAUGUCAAACUUUGGGGACUCCAUGCACAUCAUAUCCUUGCUGUUCUUUAGAUGGGACAUCUGUUGUUAAAACAAUCACCGAUCGAAAUGGUUCAACAAGUCAUGGAAACUCACCUAAGAUCAUAAACUCUGACAUUGUUCAAACGGCUAUGGAUGCUGCAGAAAGAUCCUCUUUGGCGACAAAUGCUCCUAUUAAUCCAAAUGUAAAUGAAGAGAACAAGGAGAAGAAAGAUGGUGAAGAGGAAAUGAAUCAUCGUCUUUGUGAAACCAAUCUCAGUGUACUUUUGAAUGCCUGGUAUUCUGCGGGCUUCUACACAGGAAAGUACCUUGUUGAGCGGAGUAUUGCCCAGAAAAAGCAGUGAUAUGCAUCCUUUUUAUGCAAUGCGGGAGUGAGUUGUUACAGGGCGAGAGGUUCCUAAUAUUGGGUCUGGUGAGAGAGGAAUGUACGAAUGUAUGGCCAAUAUACGAAAUCCGGACAACAUGCUUAGAUUUCGGAUAUUCGAACAAAUUCAGAAGUUAUCUGAUUACGAUUACAGCUGCAAGGUUUAAGGAACAUUGCUGCUUAUGAUCUUGGUACUUUGUAUAGACUUCGGAUUGUACUGUAUA